UGCUGCGAGCCAGAGCACGGGGCAUCGCUCUGCAUCUAUUAGCAGGCUAGCUGGCUAACUGUAGCGAACGUGAGCUAUGGUCCGUCACUGUUACCCCAUUUCGAAAAUAAACAACCGCCUCGAAUGACCUGCCACCCCAGGAGCAUGGAGGCUGUUUGGAUUUCACAUACCAACCGGGAUCGCGCUGGUGCAACGAAGCGAGAGGGGGGCUUUCGCCACUGAUGCCAGGUGCAGGCUGUAGCUGAGAGCGCUCAGGAUGAGUGGUGCUGGAGAGCACACAGACAUCCUGUCAGUGGCAGACGUGGUCAGAGACAGAUGGAAAGUGGUGAGGAAGAUAGGUGGAGGUGGGUUCGGGGAGAUCUACGAGGUUUUGGAUCAGCUGAGCCAGGCCACUGUUGCCUUGAAGGUGGAGUCUGCUCAGCAACCCAAGCAAGUGCUGAAGAUGGAGGUAGCAGUGCUGAAGAAGCUUCAGGGCAAAGACCACGUGUGCCGUUUUGUGGGCUGUGGCAGGAAUGACCGCUUCAACUAUGUGGUGAUGGAACUGCAGGGGAGGAAUCUGGCAGAUUUGCGCAGGACCAUGACCCGCGGCACCUUUUCCGUCUCUACAACCUUGAGACUUGGAAAGCAGAUUUUAGAGGCCAUUGAAAGCAUCCAUUCUGUAGGCUUCCUGCACCGUGACAUUAAACCAUCUAAUUUUGCAAUGGGAAGACUAGCCAGUACCUGCAGAUGCUGCUAUAUGCUUGACUUUGGUUUGGCUCGUCAGUUUACCAACUCUAGCCAGGAAGUCCGUCCACCUCGUCCUGUCGCAGGCUUCAGAGGAACUGUGCGAUAUGCUUCAAUCAAUGCCCAUAAGAAUAAGGAAAUGGGUCGUCAUGACGACCUGUGGUCCCUCUUCUACAUGCUGGUUGAAUUCAUGGUUGGUCAACUUCCCUGGAGGAAAAUUAAGGACAAAGAACAAGUAGGAAAUCUGAAAGAGACAUAUGACCAUCGUCUCAUGCUGAAGCAUCUUCCUUCAGAGUUCAGUGCUUUCCUGGAUCAUAUUUUGACCUUGGACUACUACACUAAACCCGACUAUCAGCUCCUGAUGUCAGUGUUUGAGAACGCUAUGAAGAGCCACAACGUGCUGGAGAAUGAUCCUUACGACUGGGAGAAAUGCGAUUCAGAGGAUAUGCUGACCAUCACUGCCGCAGCAACCACUGCUCAGCAGCUCACUCGCCUCACGCCAGCGUAUUUGGGCAUGGCCAACGCUUCAGUGCUGCCAGGCGAGCUGCAGCGGGAGAACACUGAGGAUGUCCUGCAAGGGGAGCGCCUCAGUGAUGCUGACAACUGCCCCCCCAUCCCCACACCGACCACCCCUGGUGGAGAUGUAUGGGAAGAGAUGGACCGCAACCGAAACCAUAAACACGCCCAGCAGAUUAUCAGGAAGGUGGUGAGUGAGGACGAACACAGUCAGAACCAGGGGAACCAGAGUCCAAACACCGGCUCCAUGCAGAGUUCUCCUAGACGGGUGCGAUCCGAAACCAUGUUCUUGGAACGGGCUGCACCGCUGCUCCGGAGGAUAAGACACAGCCAGAGCUUGGCAUUUGAAAAGAGGCUCGCGCCCGAACCCAAGCCCACCAUCGAACGCUUCCUUGAGGCCUAUCUGGGCAAACAGCGUCCAGUCCUUUCUCAUGUUGGAGAGAAAUCCAUUCCUGAGAGGGGCCACGGCCAGCAGGCGCCUUCUUGCAAUGAGGACCACUCUGGCACAGCAACCCCAGACCCCGAAGAGGGCGCAGCGAGCAGUGGCUUUGUGGCUGUAAACCUCAGCCCUGUGCCCCAAGAAGGAGACUCUCAGGAGUGGGUGAUGCUGGAACUGGAGCAAGGCAGCGGUUCUGGGGGAAGCAAACCUCCAGCAGAAGCCCUGCACGAGGACAGGCCAGGUACCCACACACCUGCAGAGACUGAGAACCACUCCUCUGAGCCGCAGGAUGGCCAGUCCACUGCAGUACCGAGCAGUCCCGUCCUGUCUCAGAUGGCCAUGCCCGGCACAUGGUUACUGGGCCACAGGAGGCUACCGGGCAUGCUGGGACAAAUGCCGUCAGUCAUCAUGGGAAGACCUCAGAUGGACCAAUCCUCCAGCUGUGCGUCUCAGUCGCCUGUACAAGAGAAGAGCGAUGCAAUACCAUUAGAGGCCCCGUCUGGUAAAUCUGACAGACUCCCAGAGGAAGUUUUAAAGGAUGGAGGGAGGUUGGAGUUAGCUCCAGUGCCAAGCUCAGCGAAAGGCCCCACAGCUCAUCUGACCAACGACAGAGACCCAGAGAGUGAUUCUGGUCUGCCUGAUCGCUCCUCAGAGCCGAAUCAGCAGCCCCAAGCUGACACUGCAGGAGGUGCUGUGGAGAGCACCGUCACCGUCUCCUCCUCUCCACCUCCAGCUUUACUCAGGCGAAGAGACUCUCCCUCGUCUCCAAGACUGAGCAGAAUCCCAGUGCGAGACCCCAGCGCCCCACCGGACUCUCCAGGCAGGGACCUCAACAUGGAGAGGCGUCAUCGCUGGAGCAGUCCAGUCCCCGGUUCCCCCACCCACUCACCCUCUCCAUCUCUGUCCUGUGAUAACCUGCCCUGCGCUCUGCCGAGAGACAGGCUCCCCUCGGAGCGAGGCUCCAGGUCCGACUGUGUAGGAGAGGACCCUCUCUCUCUGUCCUCUUCAUCGGGUAGUAAAAGUAAGAUCCCACGUCCUGUAAGCGCCACCUUUAUACCCGAGCAACUCACAAACAGGUUUCUGCCUCGGCCACCUCCUGGGAAACCACCCAUCCGCCCCUGUGUGGACAACAGGCGGCGGCGGCUAAGAGUGCGUGCCAGCAGCACGAGUGACGCAGACUUCCUAGCCAGUCUGACCCAGCUGAUGCAGGACCGCAGUGGGAUGCUCUUCAGCCCUCCACCUCGCCCUCGCAGCUCCUCCUCCUCGCUGCAGCGCUCGCUGAGCUCCUCCCCCUCCCGCCAGGAGCUCCGCGAGGGCGGGGCAAUACAGGGACGCAGCCGCUCUCCUUCUAGCUUCUCCGGGUCCCCCCCUCCUCGGCAUGCUCACCCACAGGACGGGCCCAGUGGGCAGGGUCAGUGGGGCCACAGCUCCAGGGGAAGGGGCCUGAUCCACGAGAGCAAAGGCUCUGGGAAAGUGAAACGAUGACUGUAUUCCAGACAAAAGACUGAUCCGGAUUGUGCAACUGUAGCGAGAGGCUGUCUCACAUCCAGUCCCUGAUAGCAUGUGUAAAUAAGGUAUUUACUCAAGGGAAUGUACUGUAUGUAAUGUAAAAUGUAUGAUAAAUUGUAUUUAUUUAUUUAUUCAUUUGUUGGAUGUGUCUCUCAAAAUACUUGAAGAUGUUGCUCGAUACCUGCAGUCGAAACAAGAAGGUGGAGAAAACCUUGAGAUUGCCAACUCUUACCUCUCAUUUCACUCCUUUCUGAACACUACAUAUAGGCCUAAUAUGAGACCAAAAAGAUGAUGUUUAACACUUGAGGGAUGUAAAAAUUAUGCUAACUGUAGAUAUGUACCAUUAGGAAAAUGGUAAACACUAAUGGAAACCAUGUACUCACAUUAAGAACACUAAUGGUAAAUAACACCACGAGCAGUAUACCAACAUCAGCGUUCAUGUACAGAACCAGGGCAUGCAGUCCCAUAUUGACCUCACUCCUGUAAAACUGAGCUUAAUAUGUAUCAAUGAAUUGCUCAUUUUGGCAUAUCACAGUGUAGUAGUGUGCUUUUACUUUGCUAGAAAAUACUUGUCAUGCAGAAGACAUCAGCAUAUUAGAAUGUAAAUGUAAGUGCACUCAUACUUAAGUAUUGUAAAAGUGCAUGAGUAUCAUUGCAGUAGAUUUUUUUUAUUCAUUUGUACAAUCAUCUAAAACAUCUGUAUUUUUAUUGAACUGCUUCGGAUCAAAAUACAUCAUUAUAUAGACCAACAACGAUGUGCAUUUUUAUUUCUUAUGAAAAUGACGAGAUAAAAGCUGAUGGGAAAAAAAAAUAACUUUUUCAUCAGGUUUGAUGGUUGUUGCAUUUUAUUUUUUAUCACAAUUUAAAAACCUUUUAAAAUAAGUUCAUUGAAUAAACGCCAGAUCCCAAAUAUAUUACUUCCUGCCUAUGCAUGUAGUUUUUAUUAUUACUAAAGGGUCAGUUCACCUAAAUUCCUUUAUUAUUUCCUCACUCACCCCUAGCAGCAUCUGUGGCACUCACAGCAAUGGAGACUGACAUUUACAAAAUAACUCAAAUUUAGUGUUGUGUUUUCUCUAAGACUAGUUUCUGCAAUAGAAAUGUUGCUUAGCAGCACAGUCAGUGCUCAGAUAAAACGGAAAAGACAGUCUUACAUAGUAAA